AAGUUAUCCAAAGACCAAGGAUCUUCACCUUACGACCAAGAAGAGAGAACAAAGAAAUCAAUUUGGUUUACAGUAGCUCGUAGAAACGAUAUUGCAUCGGAGCUCGGACUUUCAAGGCGGCUGGUUGAAUUAAUGCGUUUCGGUGUUGCAAAUGUCAACAUCAGGGUCCUUGUCAGGUUUUCAGCGUCUUCCUAAACUCAUUGUAUUUGAUCUUGACUUCACGCUGUGGCCGUUAUUUUGUGACACUCAUGUAUCACCCCCAUUUGUACGAAAAAAUAAUGUAAUAUAUGACUCAUAUGAGAGUCGAGUUAAUGUCUAUCCAGAUUCGGAGAAAAUACUUCGUGUCAUCAAUGCGUCAACCACAGUGAAACUGGCUUGUGCUUCACGUACUCCUGCAAUCAGAGUGGCUGAACAACUCUUACAAAUUCUAGGCUGGUCAGAUCUAUUUGAUUAUAAGGAAAUUUAUCCUGGAUGCAAAAUUACCCAUUUUAAAAGAUUUCAUGAAUUAUCUGGUAUAGAGUAUGCAGAUAUGGUGUUUUUUGAUGAUGAGAAACGUAAUAUCAAGGAUAUCUGUGGAUUAGGUGUACAAUGUCAUCUAGUUGAACGUGGGAUAACAUGGAAUCUCUUCGAACAGGCUUUAAAACAGUUUGAACGUAAACACAAACACCCACACACGCACGCACGCACGCAUCCACUAAAUGACAGUUGAACUCUCGUUAAUUUCCUUUAAUAAUAAGAUGAAUGAUUAGUGAGUGCCUUUGUCUAUUUACAUCUAUUCAAGUUCAAUUUGUUGUGUUGUGUCAAGCGAUGAGGUCCUUUCUUCUGAUUGUAAGCCUUUGUAUAUUUUUUAAUAUUGAAUAAAAGGUUUAGUAAAUCAA